AUGGCCCGCCGACCUGCAUCAGCUGCUGCUCCUGUGAGACGAGGGCCACAGAUCACACAGACGAACAUCUGGCAGUAUGGGGCGGAUGUGGAGAUUCCGCUCUCUUCAGGGGCAGUGGGCGCAGUGCCCGGAAUCGUGUACGCGCCGAGGAGGCAGCCUGAACAGAUCCUGAUCAUGGCUCCAGGAAGCAAUGGUGGAAUGGGUCCAGGGGUCGAUGUGGCCGACCGGGGUUUGCCUCUGACAAAAAGGACAUCCAGAGCUGCUCGCAACUCCAUCUACGCCCGGCUUGGUGCCAGCUUCGCCAGCGGUGUGAACCUGGACUUUGAUGGAGAGCCGAUGGGAGAGCCGAUGGGCCGUGAAAAUGGCCAAAAUGGCCAAAAUGGCCCAAUUUGUGCCUGCCUUCAAAUCUCCUGGCGUCAUUGCGUCGGUGGUGUGGCGUGGCCGAAGCGCAGGCUAAAGCACCUCCGCUCCUUGCAAAUUGCAGCGGAUGAUGUGGUGGCAGCUGUGUCUUUCAUGAGAGAUCGCUACGGCCCGCUGCCGGUAGUUCUCAUUGGCUUCUCGUUUGGCGGCCCCGCUGUGUGGGCUGCAGCGUUGCGCUGUGAGGUGCAGGGUGUCGUUGCGCUUGCAUCGUCUGCUCGUGGAGGCCAGCGCUUCGAGCAAGCGGGCUUGGACACCGAAGCUGGCGUGAGGGCCAUGGUGCAUCGAAGCACGCCUGUCCUGUGGCUGCAUGGGCUGGCGGACCGCAACGUAGAUCCCGCAGUUACUGCGCACUUUUCAGCCAUAGCUGAAAAACACCAGGAAGCGGCCGCUACGACCUCCAAUCUCACGGUUUGCAUGGUAAGAGCAUGCGGUCACAUGUUUGACUGCAGCCGGAUCUUGGCUUACCAGGUACUGCGGGCUUGGCUCAUCUCUGAGUAUGGUGGGCCACCGCUACCUCACUGUCUUGGCCUUGAAGUCGAGCCUAUGCUUCGUCAAGAUGGUGGAUUUGCUCCUAAAGGCAAUCGCCGGCUCAAGCUGCUGCUCAGCUCGAGAGCCAGAGCGGAGGUCUUGGACCUCCCUGAGGUGAACCGAGACAAGUUACGCAAGAAGCACGUCAAGGGCUACAGCGAGUGA